UCAGCAGAGGAAAGCAGCAAUAGCAAGGACCAGCAGGGUUUGCCAUGCUCACUCAGAGGAAUGGGGCGUGUACCGGCUGCGUUCUGCCCGGGAAGGACGGCUCAGAUCAGAUGGAUGUGGCAGGGUGUACCUGUGCCUGGGAUUGUCUGACAGGGGUAGACGGCUGUUUAUCGGACACUUCCUGCCUUUGGUUCCAGCUCCUGGCCAGGGCAUACUGGGGGGACGUGGAACUGGGACUCCGGGAGGCCCAAAAAGAUGUCUCUUGGCGCAGAUUAAAGAAGACGACUCCGAGGAACUGCAUGCGGGCUUUGGCCAAACAGAAGGAUGGUUGUGAGCGCAGCGAGGCAUCAGCUUUGUCUCCGGCUGCUGAAGAGGAGCCCUUCUCAUGGCCAGGGCCUAAAACAUUGCACCUACGCCGCACCUCUCAUGGCUUUGGUUUUACACUUCGUCACUUCAUUGUGUACCCGCCGGAGUCAGCCGUGCAGUCUUCUCUCAAGGAUGAAGACAAUAGCAGCAGAGGGAGACAGCGGAACAGACUGGAGCCAAUGGACACCAUCUUUGUCAAGCAGGUGAAAGAGGACGGCCCCGCACAUGGAGCUGGACUCUGCACAGGGGAUCGCAUUGUAAAAGUCAACGGAGAAAGCAUCAUUGGGAAGACGUAUUCCCAAGUAAUCGCCCUUAUCCAGAACAGUGACACAUCUCUGGAGCUCUGUGUAAUGCCAAAAGAUGAAGACAUUUUACAGCUGUUCUCCAGGGAUAUCACAGCUCUGGCCUAUUCUCAAGAUGCGUACCUCAAAGGAAAUGAGGCAUACAGUGGAAAUGCCCAGAACAUCCCCGAACCGCCCCCAAUAUGUUACCCACGGAUAGAGCCCAAUGCCUUGGCCAUGGCACAGGUGUCAGAGCCAUCAUGCUCUGCCGAGGCAUCGUGUGGAACCAGACAAGGAGCAAAUCGAUGCCACAAGCCUGACAUAGGCUGCCGCUUUGAUAUACCUGUAUCUCCCCUUAUCCCAUCUCAAACCUCUCAGGUCCCCAAGACCCAAACUGUUGUGCGUGUAUUUAAUGAGAACGUUAGGACAAUGGUAGCGUCACCUGAAACUACAGAUCAAUCUUCCCAUGUGGCCUGGGCUGGUCCCUGCCACAGGAUGGAGGAGAAUCAGAAUGCGGUUUCAACAGACCCAACCUUUAACAGGUCCAGAGCUCCAGUCACUUCAUCUCCAACUGGGGCAGCAGCACAAUCACCGCACAAACCCAACAGAACUGCGGAGCCCACUGGGUUCUCUGACAAAACAGCACAGACUUGCAUAGACAGGAAGCCUGUAUCUUCCCACAGACAUACCUUGACCACAACAGCAGAAGCCUUCCCAUCGGCCACCUCUCCCACCCCUUACACACCAUCUCCUCCACCAGCCACCCCUUCCCCCUGCUCUCCCCAUCAGAAUAUUGACUGGAGGAACUACACCACCUACAAAGAGUACAUUGACAACAAACGGCUCUACAUGUAUGGCUCCCGGACUAUUCAGGAACGCCUGGACAGUCUACGAGCUGCAUCCCCAUCCAGUACAGGCGAAUACAGCAAGCCGAAGAGCGCGUCAACAACAGCUACGCCGUCACGAGGCUUUUCUGGAUCACAGUUGAGGCGGAGGAGCGCCUCACAUGAUCGGAGUUACCAGGUAUCUACUGUGCAGCCUUUGCGUAGUUCUUCUCAUGAGAGGCUUGGUGGUUCAGAACAGACUGCUCUUGCACGGAAUUGGCCCCGCAGUGCUUCCCAGGAUGCCCUCCCGUCGGCCCCCACAGGUGUGCUGAAACCGCGAGCAUAUUCUUGUGACUAUCUGGGCAGACAGAAUGAAAAUGCGACAUCCAUGUUGGACAGGCAGGCUUGCUGCAGAACUGAGACAGAGGAUUGGUUACUCAUGCACAGAGGGGAUGAGGCAAGAGCAUGCAGGCAGUCUUCUUCCUUACGCAUGGCCCCUCACAGAACACAGGGUGUAUUUAGCCCAGACAGACGAGGUGGCAGUUACCCAGGGUUGCCUAUCACCCCUCACUUUAGCAGAGGUACAGAUUCAUUGCUUUCCUCCAGAGCUGAAAGCCUGGGUAACACAUCUGCACCUUCCGUAAACAGACCCUCGCUACCUGUGAAAAAUGUCUCAGACCCUUCCACUGCUGCUGCUUCAUAUAUAGCUUCUGCCCUGGCCUCAAUACAAGGCCACAUCACUGGUAGUUCCAACACAGGCCCCAUCAAAGACCAAAGAACACAGCUCACUGCCAACCACAUGCCCCACAAUGCAAAGCAGUUACAGCCAAGGGGGCGGGCUGACAGCCUUCAGGAGCCUGUCAGAGAGGUAGCCCGUGGACAUCGCUCUUCUUCUUGUUCUGCCGUCACUAAACCCAAUAGAACAAAGCAAGGUGGAUCCAAGCCUGACCAGUUACUGAACAGUAAUGGAACGGUUCCUCAGCAGCCUAGGUACAUAGAACCACAAACUCCCAAUGAGAAGGUGGUGGAAGGCAUCGAGGGUCCAAACGCCACUGUAGUAGUUGUUCGGAGGGAGAAGUCUGGAUCUCAACCCAUCCGCCACACUUCCUACAUUCUGGCGGUGAAUGAGACAGAGGGAGUGGCUGAACCACCUGCAGUCUCCAACACAUGCUGGCUGCCUAACAAUACCCCACGCAAAAUGCACAUGAGGAAACUAGGAGACCAGUGUAAAACCUCCUUUUCAAGCAACCUUGAUGACUCACUGGACUCCAUUCCCUUCAUUGAUGAGCCGUCAAGCUCCAGUAAUGACCAUGACACAACACACAUUCCUGCAUCUGCCGUGAUUUCCAGCAUGCCUAUCAUCACCACCAUCCCACCCAGUCCAACUUCCCCUUCUCCCGUAAUACGCCGACAGCUUUCCCAUGACCAGGAUUCUUUACGUCUCACAAUUCUGGAAUCUGAUUCUGGAGCUAAAACAGAGCGCUCCAGAUCCUUCGAUGAGGGCUUGGAUAAUUACAGAGAAGAAGGAAGAGGGCGGUCUAUUAAACACACCCAUGGAUUCAAGGGCCUUAGAAAGGCUGUUGACAGGUCCUCUGAGGACUCUGGCUCUAGGAGAGACUCUACUUCAGAUGUCUUCACUGAUGCAACCAAGGAGGGUCCGCUUCAUUUCCGGCAGCUGAACUCAGAUAAGGGCAAGCGCGUUGGCAGCGGCAUACGGUCAUGGAAGCAGAUCUACGCUGUGCUCCGUGGCCACUGCCUCUACCUGUACAAAGACAAGAGGGACGGACAAACCAACGCCAACUCCCCGAUCGAAGACGAGCCUCUGGCGAUAAGCAUCAAAGCCUGUCUCAUUGACAUCUCGUACAGUGACACAAAGCGGAAGAACGUCUUCCGGCUGACGACGUCAGACUGUGAAUACCUGUUCCAGGCCGAGGAUCGAGAGGAAAUGCUGUCCUGGAUCCGAGUCAUUCAAGAGAACAGCAACUUGGAUGAAGAGAAUGCGACUGUUACUAGCACAGACCUCAUCAACCGGAAAAUAAAGGAGUACAACACUCUGAUGAGUCCUCCCAGCAGUAAGACAGAACCCUCGCCCAAGGCCUCCCGUCAGUCCAUCAGGCAGACAUUACUGGGUGGUAAGGGCGAGAAUAAAGCCACAAGUCCUCACUCGCCAAACAAGGACCACGACAGAAAAGCCAUGCACAAAGAUGAAACCAGCCCACCCAAGGAUAAGGGCACAUGGAGGAAGGGCAUCCCUGGACUGAUGAGAAAGCCAUUUGAGAGGAAACCGUCUCCAGGAGUCACGUUUGGAGUAAGACUAGAUGACUGUCCUCCUGCUCAGAACAACAGAUUUGUUCCUCUGAUAGUUGAAGUGUGCUGUAACCUGGUGGAAGAGCGAGGACUGGAAUACACAGGCAUUUACAGAGUGCCAGGAAAUAAUUCUGCCAUCUCCAUCAUGCAAGAAGAACUCAAUCACAAGGGCAUGGGGGACAUUGAUAUUCAGGAUGAUAAAUGGAAGGACUUGAAUGUGAUCAGCAGUUUACUCAAAUCCUUCUUCAGGAAACUUCCUGAACCCCUCUUCACUAACGAUAGGUAUGCAGACUUUAUUGAUGCCAACAGAAUAGAGGAUCCUGUAGAGAGACUCAAAGUGCUCAAGAGACUGCUGCACGAGUUGCCUGAUCAUCAUUAUGAAACACUGAAGUUCCUCUCGGCACAUCUCAAAACUGUGGCUGAUAAUUCCGAAAAAAACAAGAUGGAGCCACGUAAUCUGGCCAUUGUCUUCGGCCCAACACUUGUGAGAACAUCUGAAGACAAUAUGACUCACAUGGUGACACACAUGCCAGACCAAUACAAGAUUGUAGAAACGCUCAUUCAGCAUUACGACUGGUUCUUCACUGAGGAGGGUGAUAAGGAGCCUACGACUACAGUCCAGGAGGAGAGUGCUGUGGAGUCUCAGCCUGUGCCUAACAUCGACCACCUGCUGACCAACAUCGGCCGAACCGGCACCACUCCCGGGGAAGUGUCAGAUUCACCAACCAGUGACUCCGCUAAAUCUAAGGGCUCCUGGGGAUCAGGGAAGGACCACUGCAGCCGCGAGUUCCUUCAGCCACGAGUCUCCUCCAUCUUUGCUGCGGCCAACCGCAAACGAAAGAAGCACAAGGAGAAGCUGCAACCCAGCAGCUCUGAUGACGACCUUGAUAUUGUCUUCACCAAGAAGGAGAACCCAACUCAAAAGCAGAAUCACCAAAGCCAGGAGGAGGAUGGAGGCAGCUCCAGCCCAUGCGGAAAAUCACUUAUAGGAGACAACGGCAUAAAUGCAGAGUCCACCCCAAAGAACAAGAAGGAGCAGAGGAACUCUUUCUUUAUGAAAGACAAACCCUCUUCAACUCUCUCCCCCUUGCCCAAGCUCUCAUGUUCACCCGGUGUCAUCCGCCGCACCUCUGGUCCUCCCAAAUCAUCCCUCUCGGAUCGUUCUUCGCAGUUAGAUGAGACCACCUCAGACUUGGGCACCAUGAGCUCUGGACCCUCCGGUCCCAGAACCAGACCUCGGAAAUGGGGCACAACGACACCCCCGGCCCCUGAGCAAUUGCUAGUUUAUGGGGGGGCUUCAGUGACUGCAGAGGUGAGCUCUAUUACCUCAGACUACUCAACCACUUCCUCAACCACCUUCCUGACGGGAAUAGAAUCCAUCACAUUGAGCCCAGAGGUGCAGUCUGUGACCGAAAGCCGGGGGGGAGACGAGGCGGAUGACGAGCGCAGUGAGCUCAUCAGUGAGGGACGACCAAUGGAAACGGACAGCGAGAGUGACUUCCCAAUGUUUACCCCUGGCAUCGCCAGACUAGACAUACCAACCACGGAAGAUAGUGGAAACACCACGCCCAAACUAGCUUGCCGCUUGCUGCCUUCCCAUAAACUGAUAGAAUGUGACUCUCUGUCUAGGAGGCGAUCCCUGCGCCAAAAGACGGACAGCGAUUCAUCUGUGGAGGCAGGAGCUGGUGGCGGGGUCAGCAAGAAUGAAUCAAACAGACUGUCUCGAGUUCUGGAAGUGAUGAAGAGAGGCCGUUCCACCAGCAGCCUGAGUGCCCCAUUGCGAACUGAGUCGGACAGAGUUGAGCCAGCAUGGCAUCUUAAAAUCACAGAGAGACUCAAGUUCCGUCUACGCGCCUCCGCUGAUGAUAUGUUCGGUGUUGGCACGCAGAAAGCCCGCUCUACAGAGACGCGUAGUAAGAAGAAGAGCAUCCGGCGGCGCCAUACGUUGGGUGGCCAGCGGGAUUUUGCUGAACUAGAUGUCAUUCAUGACUGGAGGGAACAGGGUGGGGUGGACCAAGGUGCCGAAUUGUCCGCUGUGGAGCGCCUUAAACCCAAGUGCGACUCACAGGACUUGUCUAUCCGGGACUGGAUCGCUUGUGAGCAUCGUCGAACCAGUCGAGAGCUGGAAGGUCAAGUUGGGAUACGUACAACAGAAGCGGGAGAUACCCAUGCAGGUGUGCAAAGUGCUGAGCAACUGACUCCUUCUGCCUCUCCAUGUCCCCAAUCCAGCUCUGAACAAGUAAACGGAGGCACUUCAAAGGGCAAAUCCAAAAACAGCCUGAAUUCAGGAGCUGAUGCUCAUCCACAGAAAUUGUCAGGAGCCCAAGUGGUGCGCUCCCGAUUCUACCAAUACCUUUAAAAGAAAAGAAUCAUCUGCAUGUGUGUAAGUGCGUCAUAAUGUGUGUGUAAAGGCCUGUUCAAACCAAGAUGAAUGUUUGGUGUGGAAAUUGGGCGCGGUAAACAUUUUCAUUUGCAUAAACAGCAUCUGUUCAGACUGACACAAACUGUUAUUGCAUCUGUUCAGACCGAUGUGAACAUUUGCGUGCUGUCAGUGUGACAGAAGUCUUACAUGCGGUUCUAAUCUCUUUUCAACUGCACCUCAAAGAAAACUGGCCAACCAUUAAGAUUUGCGCUUUUGGUCACAUUUCUAGAGCCGCGGCUUUUAGAUUGGUGCUUACAAAGACUAUUUUGCUAAACUGCUGUAAAUAGCAGAGGAAGAAUCCAAAAGCAGGUUUCUUGUCCCUGUUUGGUAAGCAUCAUAGCAAAUACAAAUAUGGCUGUUUAAAAUCAUGUAAAUACUGUUUGAAUUUUUUUCCUCGUGACAAGCGGGUGUCAGAUUCUGAUAGUUGCGCAGCUUUUUUUGUACCUGGGUCACUGGCGUAUUUCUGCUUUUCUAUAAGCACCCCCUACUGUCAGAUUACAUUUGCAUUUAACCAUUGCCAUUUUUAUGUAUUGGUAUAAAAAAGGCAAAACACAAGAUUUUCAAUACAUUUUCAUGCCAAACAUGCGCUUAGGUGUGAUCAGGCCUUAAAAAUGAAUGAAUGUACUUAGAGCUAAGGUUACUCCACCUUUGUUUUUCAGCUCCCCCUGACCCCCUCCCCCUCCUUUUUUUAAAAAAAAAAACAAAGUAUCUAUAAAUAUGAAUAUAUAUUAGAAAUAUAAAUUGUAUAUAUCUAUAUGUAUAGGCUUAUAAAAAAGUAACUGGAGUAAUUUUAACAAUUUUGAGUUAACUGACUCAACUUUUUUUUUUUUUUUUGGAUCAGUACUGGAGAUCUUUUCUUGAAAGCUAGUAAUAUAUGCAUGACGGUGAAGUGGCCUGAUAUUCAGAGGCUGUACAAUACCAAUGUUUACCGACAGCCUUUGCUGCAGCGACAGCACAAUUUUUGGACAGACAUGCAUUUGCGAAACUGUUACUGAAGGAUACUGAUAUCAAAGGAAAAGAAAAGGCAUCUUGUCCAAGAUUAAGACAAAAAAAGAAAACUCCUGAUGUUACUCGUAUGAAGAAUGUGAUAUGCUUGCCGUUAUAUUGACUAACACGUAAAUUGCUUCUUGCAGUUUUCAAUAGUGAAAUAAUGUAAAUAAUGUCUGUACUUGAAGUAUUUUGUUUUUUGUUUUUUUUAUUCUGAAGGUUAGCCCUGAUAUGGGCUGUUUUCUGUGCUGUGUGCUGUGGAAACCCCUUUUACAGUGCAUCAUAACAGCCAGACAUAAAUGUGGAAGAAGAAUGAAAUAUUUUUAUAUUUCUACAGGAUUAAAGUAAGUGCUAAACCGAAAGCGCCAGAGACUGAACAUCUGUAGCAGUACCAGGCUUACUUGUGUUGUCAUGUUAAACCAUUUUAAAUGCAAACUACAAACUGACAGCAAAUAAGUGGUGAAAUAACAAGGAAUUGUUUUUAGUUUUGUUUUUUACAAAAAAAGUGCCUCUCAACUGGUUCUGGUGACAGGAAAGGUGCCAUUUCUUAAUUUUGUUGUUUGUUAAUAUGGAAUGUGUAUUGUGAAUGAAUGACUGAAUUUUAUCAGAAAAAAAAUAAGAAGAAAAAUAAAUUUUUAUACAAAACAAUGCAAAAGCAGACCCUGCGCUUCCACUGCUUCAUCCGUCAUAGUCUUAAGUCAUUUCGUGCUUUGCCACUGGAUAUGUCUUUACCCUGGUCUAUUAUUGAGGCAAUAACUUAAAUGUCUAUAUUUCUUUGUGUAUGUUACCUUUGUUAAAAAGUCACAUAUUUUGUCCGAGCUGACCAGUGUAGCCAGCAUGUGAUUCCUCGGAAGAGUAUGCAUGACCUCAUACUUAUGUUUGCAGAUUUCAUCUUACCUCUGAAUAUUCAUAUGUGUGACUCCCAACUGCAAAGAAAACAAAAACACUGGAAAUAAAUUAUCUUUGUCAGCGUC